ACCUUCCUUUAUCAACUCAAUUCCAAUGUCAUCAACAAAUCAUUUUUUUGCAUGUGUGGAUCAAAAAUAAGUGAAGCGUCAAGUUAAUUUUCCAUCUGUUUUCUAAAGAUAAACCAUUUUUUUGUGUGCAUAUAUUAUUCAUUGACUGCAAGAACUCUGUAAUUGUUAAUAGUAGUUGCUGCGAAAUCGAUAACAGAUUAUGAUUAGAUAAGAAAAUCAACAUUUUGCCUUGAGUUCUUCGUAUACGUCGGUUUGUUUUCAAUGUUGUCUUAAAAAACAAAAAAAGGUUUCCUCUUAACAUUUUAUUUAUUCUAGAGAUUUGUGACUCAUUUUAUGUGUAUCGCCGGCAUUUGACUAAAUCUAUGUGAUAAAUAAUUAGAAUUUCCAUCUGUGUGUUCCCUAAAAUUUUGUGAUAGUCUCUUUCUGGCUUGUUUAUACUUAAAUUCCAUUUCAACUCUACAUUGUGUAAAUUAUUUAUUUAGUUUAGGAUUGUUUAUGUCUUAGAUUCACAAUGAUUUUCAGUAGCAGCGAUAUCUUGACUCCUGCUCAGAUGAAAAGACUGAGUGAACAUAAAUAUAAUAGUUGUGGAUCAACAUUGUUAGAUCCAAUUCUUCAACCCUAUUGGAACUGGUUAGUAACCAAAUUGCCUCUUUGGGUUGCUCCUAAUUUUAUGACAAUUAGUGGCCUUAUUAUAACGAUUGCUUCAACUCUCAUUCUUGUAUAUUAUAGUCCUGAUGCAGAGCAUGAGCCACCCAGUUGGGCUUUUAUUCUUGCAGCAAUUGGAUUAUUUGUUUAUCAGUCUCUUGAUGCGUGUGAUGGAAAACAAGCUAGAAGAACUGAGUCAAGUUCACCUCUUGGAGAAUUAUUUGACCAUGGAUGCGAUUCAAUAUCAACAGUUUUUGUAUCAUUGGGAAUAUGUAUUGCGGUAAAACUAGGAGCAUAUUCCAAUUGGAUGUUUUUUCAAUGUUUCAUUGCUAUUAGCUUAUUUUAUUGUGCCCAUUGGCAGACAUAUAUUACUGGAUCAUUAAAAUUCGGAAAAUUUGAUGUAACUGAGUGUCAGGUCAGCAUUAUAUUUGUGCAUAUAAUAUCUGCCUUCUUUGGAACAGAUAUAUGGAUGAACAAGGUUCCAUUUCUAAACAUCGAACUUCGUGUACUGCCAAUAUUACUGGCUCUUGGUGUUACUUGUUCUUUGUGUUAUUAUCAUGUUGCUGUUGUUUGUAAAGGUGGUGUUGGAAAAAAUGGAUCAACUGUUGCUGGUACUAGUGUUCUUUCACCAUCUAUACCAAUUGGAAUUGUAACAAUUCUUGCAUUUACAAUUUACAAAAAAUCAACAGAAAACAUCUAUGAAAACCAUCCUUGUCUUUAUAUAUUAGCAUUUGGCAUAGUAGCUGCUAAAGUUACAAACAAAUUAGUGGUUGCUCAUAUGACUAGAAGUGAGCUGGAUUACUUUGACUCCAUCCUUAUUGGUCCUGGAAUGUUGUUCAUGAACCAAUAUUUUAAUACCUUUAUAAAUGAAUAUAUCAUCUUGUGGCUUUGUUUGGUGUAUUCAGUUGCAGACUUGCUUCAUUACUGCACUAUUGUGUGUAACCAAAUAUGCAAUCACAUGAACAUUCAGUUAUUCAAAAUAACUGCAGAAGUUCAGCCGAACCGAACACCUGGUUUUCCGCCAAACCGAACGCCCGGUUUCAGUAAUGUUGCUCCUCAUGCAAGAGCUGGGCAAAAGUUUAAAUUCAGUAACUGAUUUAUUAAAAUUUAAAAAAAUUGUUUUACACAAUUUUAUAGUAAAAAAAAAUAAUACAAUGUUUGUGAAGUUGAUUCUAUAUUUAUAGAAUGAGAAUGUUUCACAUUUCAUUUUGUGAAUAGGCUUCCGAACCAGAAUGAAAUGUUCCAUGAUGUUUCCAUCUCCUACUGUUGCAACUUAAAUUCAUUGCGUUGGUAGUUAAUUUAUUACUAUUUCAGUUCUCAAGAAUGCAAUUGUGUGCAUGAUAAACUUCCAUAAAAUUGUGAUAAUCCUUUCAGAUUUAUGGAAUGUUGCUUACCAGCAUUGUUGAAUAUUUUUUAGUUUCCUGCUCUCCACUAUAGAACACGACAUGUUUUUAAUUAAUACAGUCGAACACCCUUAUAGUGAAAUGUUUGCUAAUCUAGUAAUAAGUCCACUAUAAACGAUAGUUCACUAUAUAAAAAUUCUUUGAAAAAAUAUUCUUUUAGCAUAUGCAUACCUGCCAAGUCUCCUGUUUUUUAACAAAGACUCCUGUAUUUUAUGACUAUCUCCUGUUUAUCCAUAUAUUCUCAAAUUUAUCUGUAUUUGUGGAAAAAAAUUUUGUUUCUUAAAUUACCCAUUGAUGGCAAAAAUACCUCUCUUAUUUCUCAACAGAUGGUGUUAUUGUCAGUACUGCAGUAUGUUAAGUGUUUAUAGUUUAAGUAUUUAUUAAUAAUGGUUUAAAAAAUUCUUCUUUAGAUUAUCCUUUAUAAACAUAAUUGUUACUUAGGUAAAUGUAUAUAUUAUUUUGAAUUUCUCUUUUCGACUUACAUAAUUAUGCAUGAUGUAUCAAAGCUUCACUCAUAGCCUAAAAAAUUCUGCUGGUUAAAUCUCCGUUAUUUUAUUUCUCCAAUGUUGGCAAGUAUGCAUAUGGCAAUAAUAUUGUUGGAAAUUGUGACAGUUCAUAAUUUUUUUAUGAUAUCUUAGCUGAUUAACUAAUUAAUUUUUACAUUCUAUGGAAUGAAUUAGUGAUUUUUGAUUAACUACAGUUUGAUUUUAAGAAGAGUCCACCAAUUUUAGUUUAAACAAUUACUGGAACCCAGUAUUUCUAGUCCUUAGUUUUUGCAUGAAAAAAAAAUCAGAAUAUUUAAUGCCGAUUUUAUUUCUGAGAUAUAAGUUAAUGAAAUUUCUUGUCCGUCAAUAUGUGUGUGGAAAAGAAAUGUGAGAGGAUUGUCUGCCAUAGUUUGAAAGCGCGGAACUUGCAAUAGUGAGAUUUGAUACAUUGUAAGAAAAAAAAUGCUGUGAGUUGCAAUCACAACUCCUGGAAAUUAAAAGUUGGAGAAAUGAAAAGGGAAAAAAUACUGAGGAAAUAAAAUUUAAUUAAUUAAUAAUUAAAUAAAAUUUAAUAAUGUUUAAUUUAAUUAUUAAAAUAAUGUUUGUUAAACUAGAGUUCAGAUGGAACUUCUAAAAAAGUUAAUUACAACCGAGUGUUCACUAUUUUCUAGUUUCAUUAUAGCAGGGUUCGACUGUGUUUUAUUUAAUUUUAAAUAUAUUAGGUAAUAAUAAUUUGAGAAACUAAAUCUCAUACUUUUGAACUGUUAUAUCAGAUGUUUAGUGUAUAAUGUGAAUUUCAUGAAAUCUUUUUUGUAUGAUAAAAUAUUGUGGAAGUUUCUUAAAUUUUGAAUGAUUUAUACUUACUGAUGAAAAUCUCUUCAUUUUGAUGUGUAUAGUCAUUUCUUUUACAGCUUUGCCAAGAUAAUGCUUAAGGUUUUAAUUGAAUUAUUUGGUAAUUGAAAAUCUAAAUGAGAGUGUUUUUAAAUCAUCACUGUUAUAAUCUUUUUUUUUAUUAAAAAAAAUUAAUUCCUACAAAUCUACAUAUGGUUUUAAAGAUUUUAAAAAGUUAAUGAAAUAGCACUUCAAUUUAUAAAAUUACACUGGAUUAAAAAAAUUUUCCAAAUUAAAUAAAUAAAUGAAAAUAUUGUAUGUUUGAAAUUAAAUGUUUAGACAGAAAUUGGAGUAACGAUUUAUGAAUGUCAUAAAACCUUUUUUCACAAAAAAAAGAACAAAUUUAUUUUAUUUAGUAACUACUGCUUACUAAAUCAGAUUUCUUUAAUUUUAUUUCUGAAAUGAGAAAUAUUGCUUAAAAUACUAAUUAUAGCAAACUUAAUUUAAUUGUCACACAAUUUUGUUUAAAAUAAAUUAGUAUCAACAGUAUUCUUGAUUUAAAAAAAAUUAAUUCAGAGGUAAACACAUUUCAAAUCAGCUGUCCAUUUAUAAUAUUUUUAAGUUUAAUAAAAGAAUCCUAUUUUGAAGAGAAUACUUUUUACCUUGAAAUUAAGAUGCAUGUAUACUUGCUCUUAAACUAGAUAUUUAUAUUCAAAUAUUAAAGAUUUUUUUGGCAGCAUUCAAUUCCUUUGGAUUAAAUAAAAUGCCUUAUUGGUGUUGUGUUCCUUAUUCUUAAUUAUUUAGUUUAAAAAUUACUUACUGUCUAUAAUAUUUAAAAUCAUAAAUGACUAACAUAUCUUCAGCAUAGUAUUUAUAUUUUGAUCACAUUCAAAUUUAUGCUAUAUUUGUUAUUUUCCAUAGUUAUUAGCAUUUAUUAUGGAUAAUAAGAUUAAAAUUAGAUUGUAUAUUAAACCAGAAGAGUAUGAAAAUUAUAAAUUUUCAAUUUAAUUCUAAUAAUGACACUGAAAAAUAUUAUUUUUGUUCUGAAUCUUAUUUCAUGAUAGUUGUUACUUAUAUUAGUGCUUGCAAAAAUAGGUUUCAAAUAACAAAUGCAUUUUUUUUUCAAAGUUUAUUAUACGUUUAGAUGAUGCUAAUAUACAUUACUUAAAUUAUAAAAUUAUUUCUUAUUUAAAUAAUUUAUUUAUGCAAACAAUGCAGAUUCUCAAGUGUAAAUGAGAUAUAUUGAAUGAAAUAUUUAAAAUGAAAUCUCAACUGUGGACCAAUUUCUUUUAAGUAAUGUAUGUUAAUGCUGUUGAUACAGUAAAGCUUUUACAUUAACAAUUUUAAGACAGAAAUGUUGAAUUGCAGAAUUUAUUCUGCAAUAUAAUGUAUACUAAAGAAGAAAAAUUUAUCAUUUAGUGAUAAAAAUUAUUUAUAAAAGACAAAUUUUAAUAUAUUAUAUCAAUAUGCUGAUUACAUUUUAUUUAGUUGGAGAAACAGUAUUUUCCAGUACCUACUGCAUCAUACAGUUUUAUAAGAACUUUAAACCAAGAUCUGUAAUUUGCUGACCUCAUUUUGUUUUACAAAUCCUAUUCCAAUUACAGCAUUUUACUUUGUUUAUGAGACUGGCUUACUAAUCUGAAAUGCAUUAUGUUAUACUAAGUAAUUUUAAAAAAAAAUAAAUAAAUAAACCCUCACUUUUUAAAAAUAAAUGAAAAAAAAACAAUAGUAUAAAACAGUUUCAAAAUGGUUCUUUUAAUGUUUUCUGUAAAAAAAUUAUACUUAGAAAAAGAUGGAUUGUUCAUCUUUUUUAUUGAGACCAUAGUAGAACUUUUGAUCUCUAUGUUAGAAAAUCUUAAUUUACUUCCACAUUGAAUUUGUUUCUAUAAUUUGAUUUUAUAUCUAGCUGCAUCAAGAAAGCCUGUUUAUAUAAGUGUGUUGUAUUGACUAAGCUGAUCCCUGGUGUCCAUUGACCACAUUUUAAGAAUCUCUGUUAUAAACUAAACAAACCUUAAUAAACUAUAAAACAUCUUUCAGCUUUACCAAAAACAAAACAAAAAGAAAUAAGAAUUUUUGAAAUGGUAAUUUUUUUAAAUCAAUUAAUACAUAUCUAAAUCAAUUAAUAAUUUAACUAUAUAAAUAAAUUAUAUGAAUCAAUUAUAUUAAAUUUAUUAAUACUUUUCUAAAGAAUAUAUAAAUUUUUGUAUAGUGCUUCGUUAUUAAAUUAAGUUUGCAUUUGAACACUUCAUUCAAAAAAAUUUUAUUUCCAAAGAAAAAGACUGUUUAAGAUUGAAAUUAGACAUCUACUUUAAUAUUGUGCGUAUGUUCUAGCACAUUUAAAUCAAUUUUUUUUCAUGUACCUUAUCGUUUUUUAUUUAUUUACUUAUUCAUGAAAGAUUUUUCCUUAGAAAAAGACUGUUUAAGAUUGAAAUUAUACAUUUGCAUUAAUAUUGUGCAUAUGUUAUAGCACAUUUAAGUCAAUUUUUUCAUGUACCUUAUCGUUUUUUUUUUAUUUAUUUACUUGUCAUUAAAGAUAAUUUAUGAAAUAAAUAUAAGUCAUCUGUGGAAAGUUUUUGUUUGAACUUAGUUUUUUAAACCUAAGGAAGAGCCCCAAAACUCUUAAAGUUUUAAUAUUUGUUGUUAAUUAGAUUUCAUUAUUUAUGUGAAUUUAUAUUGUUUGAAAGUUUAAAGUAUCGUCCCAGUGUAUGAGAUGUUUUGUGUUCUUAAAUGAAGCAAGGUAAUGCUUUUUAAGUAUAAGCAAAUUGUAUAGAUGUUUUAGACUGUUUUGCAAUGUCACAAAUACGACUUAUGAAAUAGUUAUUUUCAGAUUUUAAUUCUAAAAUAUUUUGAAUUUUUGCUGUAUUUUUAUUCUUUUUUUAAUAUAAUGCAUGUAAUUAUAAAUAUACUUGUAAGAUUAUUUAAAGUUACUCACAUCCUUAAGUUGCACAAAUUGCAUUAUUUUUUUUGUUUGAUCUUUUCUUUGCUAUGUAUCUACUAUUGAAUGCUUUAUUUUAUUAUUUUGCAUUAUAGUAUGUGUAAUCAUUAUUUUUUUAUUAUAAUUUUACGAACUGUUGUUUACAAAUUAUGUAAAUGUUAUUUGUCAAUAAAUAUUUACUUGUUUGAUUUAUUA